AUGGGGAACUUCACUAUUGUGAACGGCCAAGUGUACACGCCUGGCCUGGCAAUCAUCGACGCCCCACAACCAAACACGCCGCUCGGAGGAGGCAAGCCGACCUUCGCGAUCGACGUCUCGGGAGAUGGCAAGCUCCCAUGGCCACCAUCCACGCAAUCCGCAGACUCGCCGACGCUCUUCCACAACAUCACCCUCUUCUUGACCUCCGAAACCCUGUCGCACAACUUCACCAUUUCCAAUGGCACUGAGCCAGCGAACAAUGGCACCGGCUAUGUCGGACCUGUAUUGGAUUUGGAACCCUCGUCCACAGUGAAGCACGUCAACUGGGUGUGGCCCAAGUGCCUUGUUGGCGACGGCACGAGCAGCGAUGGAUCGGCCCGAGGCGCCUAUAACAUUUCCAUGCACCAGUCUUUUCGCUGGAAUGGCACCGAUUAUUAUACGGUGUUUGACCUGCCCAUCUCAGUGACGAACAGCAUCCCCGAGAGCUCCGACCGGGUGGACUGCGCCUCGCUGGAGAACCAAGUGCUCAGCAUUGCAGAGGUUGAGAAGAGCUCCGACACGCUGCCGGGACAACCAUGGGUUCAGAAUGGAGCGAGCACUGAAACCAGUACUGGAUCGAGCGCAUCCUCAACAAAGACAAGUGCUGGGGUGGGCAUGACGAGCCAGAAAAAGAAGACGAUGCUACUUCUUGCGACCGUCGGAACGGCUUUCAGCGCGCUGCUCCACGCGCUGUGA